ACGUGUAGAGAGUAGGACCCAUGAUAACAUUAUCAUAUGUUCAGUGUCAGUAGAACGCAAGUGGACCAAAGCAUCACACUGAAACUAUGGCGGGCACCCCCGGUGACAAAAACAACAUUGCUGAUGGGAUUCUCUCUGUAAUUGUCGUGGGAUGUGGCAUCGCGUUCAGCGCUCUGCUUGGUGUCAUAAUGAGAGAAUUACUUUCGCUGGAAGAUCUACCCUCUGACGAAAGUACCGUGAGCAUGUUAUCAACGAUGCCGAUAUGGGCUGUCGGAUUUGCGUACAUGGUACCUGGGCUCAUGGGACUUGUCGCCUCAUUGGUGAAAGCAAAGGGAAUGUACAUCACACAUAUGGUGUUUUGUAUCAUCACCCUACUGGUCAUGGGGGUCUUCUUCAUCAUAGGGAUCCUCAGUAUUGCUGCCAUUGCUGAGAUUGGUGUAAAUGGACCUGGAUGCAUCACCCCGGGUAACGCGUGUGGAAUCCCAUCCAACAUAUAUGCCAUGUCUAUCUCCGUGAUAAUCGUCAACGCACUCGGCUGGAUCUUCACCCUCGUCACCACCAUCCUGUCUGGGAUCCUCGCAUGUAGGAAUGAGAAUAACCAGCGUUUUGUGUACAUGCAGAAUGUGCAACCAUCCACGGUAACUGUGGCGUCAGCUAGCUCCUUUGGUAACCAAAACUACGUCACCGCUCCCAUCAAAUAUUAGUCACAAUAAUGUCAUGACGUAGACAUUCCAUCCAAGACAUGCGUGCGAAAAACAAACUGACGAAGAAUUACUUUUUGUCAUUCCGUUUAAUCUUUCCAAUUGUUACAGGGUGUGAUUACAAAUGUGUUUUCAAAGCAUACGCCAUUAAGACAUAAACUAGUAUGGCUUUACAUUAUGACAUAAACUAGUAAGACCUUACAUUAUGACAUAAGCUAGCAUGACCUUACAUUGUGACAUAAACUAACAUGGCCUUACAUUAUGACAUAAACUAGCAUGACCGUACAUUAUGACAUAAACUAGCAUGACCGUACAUUAUGACAUAAACUAGCAUGACCGUACAUUAUGACAUAAACUAGCAUGACCGUACAUUAUGACAUAAACUAGCAUGACCGUACAUUAUGAUAUAAACUAGUAUGACCUUACAUUAUGAUAUAAACUAGUAAGACCUUGCAGUGUGAAAUAAACUAGCACGGCCUUACAUUGUGACAUAAACUAGUAAGGCCUUACAUUUUGUCUGCUUGGUUUGCGGGUCCACAGAUCCUAAAAUUCGGAAAUCCAGAGAAAAGAAAAAAUCAUAAUGACGUUUUUUUAACAUACCGCCGACGGUAAAGAUCGCUCUGACAAUAAUAUAGACAAUGAAGUGCUGCUGCCAGAUUUAGGUUUAUAACAUUCAUAAAGAUUCAAACCAGGCUAAGGUGUGUUUACUUUUUAUCACCCCCCGAUCCAAAUCAAACUUUAAGACCAUUACAAAUAUCCUGUACAACGUACUUUAAAAAGAAAAAUCGUUUUCGACCUGCCGACCAAAUCUUCACCUCCAACCAAAAGCUUAAGGUAUGUCCUACGAGCCUCCAUGGUAAUUUAAGAACAUUAUUCGUGUUCUUGCCUUGACAGACCUAUGCCAUAUACUGAAUUUGCUGAGAGAUUUUAAUGCGUGAUUGUCAGUUACAAAAAUGGAAUGAUUUAAAAAUAAACUGAUUUAUGAUU